AUGGAUUACAUGACAGAAAAAAAGCUUCGUCCUCUUUACGAGGCGAUCGACGAGGGUCAAACUAAGCUUGCACUUCAACACACGACUAAAUUACUGAAAAAGAACCCAGACUGGCCCUUGGUCAAGGCUUUGAAAGCUGUCGUUUUGGUUCGAACGGGCAAGGACGAUGAAGCUGCUGCGUUAUGCCAACAAGUGAAAAAAUCGAUCCCGACUGACAAUGCCACCUUGCAGGCGUGUACCAUGGCUUACAAUGAACUCGGCCAACACCAUGCAAUCGUCGAACUUUACGAGAAUGCAGCAAACCAACAACCAAAGAACGAAGAGUUCGGUAACCAUUGGUUCAUGGCCAUGGUGCGCAACAAUGACUAUAAGGGUCAACAAGCUGCUGCUUUAAAGCUACACCGUACCUUUAAACAAAACAAGUAUUUGUUCUGGGCAAUCAUGUCCUUGGCACUCCAGGGCAAAAACUCGGCAUUAUCAUAUACAUUAGCGGAGCGCAUGAUGGCGAAAGCACAGGAAGAAGGUCGAUUGGAUGAAGUGGAACACAUGCGGUUGUAUCUACUGAUUAUGCUAGACCAAAACAAACACGAACAAGCACUGACAUUGUUGGAGGGUCCUUUGGGUCAAAAAUCGCUUCGUGAUCCUGAAGUUCGUCAAAUCAAAACCGAACUCUUGCUUACCAACAAGAAAUGGCAAGAUGUCCUCAAGUCGACCGAACAAGCACUGCGAAACGAAAACUCGGAUGAUUGGAUUAGCUGGCGUGCGUACUUUGAUGCUUUGGAUGCGUUGGUCACCGAAAACAGUGAUGAUGCAUUGAUAAAGCAAGCUCGUGCAUUGGUUGCGCAGCUUUCAAAGCAGGCGCUCGAAGCACCUGUAUUGAAACGCGGUCCAUUUUUGGCAGAGUUGGAGCUGGACUAUCGACUUGACAUGUUACAGAAAGGAGAUGAAAAAGCUAUUCUGGACAACAUUCUAUCAUACUUUUCCCGGUUUGGAUCAAAGUCCUGCUGUUACGAAGACCUCCAAGCGUACAUUUCGUUUUUGAAACAAGACACAUCAAAAGCAAAAUCUUUUAUUGAUUCGUUAAAGGCAACCAUUAAUGAAGCCAAAGAAAAGCCUGCCAUCAUUAAGAACGUUUACAAGAAUGUCAACGUCCGAAAGAUAGAACGAUAUCUCGGAUUGCAAUCAAAUCUCUCACUUGAACAAGGUUUAUCCCUUGCUAACGAACUGUGUCAAGCAUAUCAGGAUGCGCUCCCACUAGGUGAGGGAUUGGAAAAGACAGAAAACCAAUAUGGCGAUGAUUAUGUCCUGCUGGCAAGCCAUGUCUUGGUGGAUCUCUAUCACGAACACAAGAGCCCUGCUCUCCUGAUCCAAGCAGUGUCUUUCCUGGAAGAUGCGCUUGAGAAGAGUAUCUACAACUUUCAUAUAAAAUUGACCUUGGUUCGUCUUUAUGCCAUGCUUGGUGUUUGCAACCGUCCUGUACAAAUAUUCCGCACCAUGGAUAUCAAACAAGUACAAUUUGAUACAAUGAUCCAUUAUUUCACCGAUCGCUUCAUUUCCCUUGCUUGCUUGGAUGAAGUAGAGCAAUUAUUGCUCGAAUCCCUCAUGAUAUACAAAAGCAACCAAGUCGAGACGCCAGAAAUGGUCGUCAAAGCAUACCAAUACGGCACCUUCUCAAAGAUUCAAGAAUUCAUUGAAUUCCGCUCACGCCUCGACUCGUCCCUCCAACAAGCCAUUACCAACGUAGAGCUAACUCGAAUCGAAUCGAGCGCAUCCUCUUUCCAAGUGAAAUAUGCAGUACAAUAUUUCCAGGAUUUGGAUGUAUCAAAGAUCAAAUGUGAUGAUGCUUUCGUCCAAGAGCAAUCUGAUAAUCGUGAUUUUAAGGUGUUCUUGAACUGCAAUUCUGAAGAGCAACCCAAAGGAGAAGAACUAUUCAAACUGACAAAGAGUACCAACCGAGUGUGGCUGCAAACGUUCUCUUACAUCCUCAACAUCCUAAGCGCAGCAUGCAGUACCAAGGAAAACAAGGAUUUAGGCGGUAUUGUAAAGCAAUUUAACGAAUUCUUGCAACGCAAGGAGGUUCCUAGCGAGGUGACGCCACAAGAAUUUGCAGUGGCCAAAUAUAUUCGUGAAAUCAGCUCUGCACUUGUAUCAAUCAAGGAUCCCGCAACACGGAAAAACAACGCUCAACAGGCAGCCGAACACUUGAAGAAUGCUGGUGCGAUCUUGGAAAAAGAGUUGUCUCCUGAGGGUAGCUUCGUAGAUGAAGUAGUAUCAUGGAACUUAUUCCACAAGGUUUCCAUUGCUUUAGAGGCGUUUAAUUAUGGAGCAGUCUUGGUAGAGAUGAUCAACCGUGCUCUCGGACUGACCAGUAAAGACGCAAAGAAAAAGGCGGCAGAAAACGCCAAUAACGAUAUCUUCAUCGCAGCACUUCAAAAGAUGAAUGAGGCAAACAAGACAUUACUGCUACGAUCACAAGCAGCAGCACGACGUGGUAACGAGUUUUUCAAGGGUCAGUUCCAAAAGACCCUCACCAAGUCUAUCACUGAAUCCGUCUAUACACUGGAUCAAUUCAAGGAGAAGGCAAAUCAGAACCGACUGACAGAUCGUAUAAAAAAGAUGACAUCAAGCUGGACUAGUUCAGUGUCUCACUUGUCAGAAGAAACUACUAGACGCGUUAUGAAAUUAUAA